AUGGACAUAGCUAUCUUCUCUCCAUCAUCCCUUUUCUUCGAAGAACAAGAUGACGUUCACACCAGCGUUGAGGAAAACGCAGAGAAUCAGGAAAGCUUUGUCGAGAGGAAGCAUCAAUUUCCUGGAAUGGAGUUGGUUAUCCGAGAGUUUUCCUUUCAUCAAUUGAAUGCUAAUUUGCUCUGGCCUGGAACUUUUGCAUUUGCAGAAUGUGCAAAUGAUUUACCUGUCAUUCCUCAUAUUAAACAUACCUGGGGAGACAAGUUUCCAAAUUCUGACCCUGAUUGGGACCUGAUCAUUGCGAGUGACAUCUUAUUGUAUGUGAAGCAGUACCCGAAUUUGAUACAGACCAUUACAUUUCUUCUCAAAAGUUACAAACCGAGAGAGAGAAGAACUACAGUUUCGCAAACUGGGAGUGAUGACACCAAUGUUGCAGGAGAUGUAGUGUUGCCUUGGCCAGCUUUUCUGAUGAGCUGGAGACGUAGAAUUGGAAAGGAAGACGAAUCGAUUUUCUUCAACGGUUGUGAGAAAGCUGGUCUAGAAGUAAAUCAUAUUGGAUCCCGCGUAUAUUGCAUCAGUCUCAUUGAAAAUGAGGAAUCAAACAAAUGCUUGAAGAAAGAAGAUAGUGUUCAAGUUUCCUCAGGAAGAAAAUGA